AUGGCUAUGUCACACGGCUUCGCCCCCAAGCCCGUCGCCCGAAGUGGCGUUGGCAGGCAAACCAACAACUCAUCUACCCCGCUUGGGAACUGGCCACAUGUGGUCCAUCCUCGUUUGACCUUCCACAAUUUGAUCCCACUUGGCCUGUUCUAA